AUGACUCAGAAACCGAUCUUGAUUGCCGGCGCAGGCAUUGCCUCUCUCCUCCUCGCACAAUCCCUCCGACGCUCCAACAUCCCGUUCCGUGUCUUCGAGCGCGACGCAUCCAUCGUCUUUCGCGCACAGGGAUAUCGCCUGCGACUGUCUUCUGAAGGCAUUGACGCCAUUGAGUCUGUUCUCGGACCAGAAGGCUUCCAAAAGUUCUAUGACGCGUGCGGGAAGACGGGAGGCGCGGUCUUUGCCGCCAUCGAUCCCUUGACCGGCGAGACCUUGGAGAACCACGAGAGCGUCAAACGCGAGACUUUGACGAGUCGUGAUGGCAAAGUAGUGGGCAUAUCACGCGGCGAUAUGCGCACGCUUUUCAUGGAGGGUUGCGAAGACCAUAUCCGCUGGUCAAGCCACAUCAAGGGCUAUGAGAAGACCGACGAAGGUGUGCGCGCUGUCUUCGCAGACGGUAGCAAGAGCGAGGAAGGCAGUAUGUUGAUCGGUGGCGAAGGCAUCAAGUCGGCGGUUGCGAAGCAGCUCACAAAUGGUGCCAUCAAGGUGUAUGAUCUAGGCUCCAGGGGAAUACACGGUCAAGCACCUACGAGUGCGUUCAAGGACCUCGGGGAAGGCGUCUUUCGGAUGGUGGACGAAAAGAGCAAGCCGGGUGGUAAGGUCUUUCUCAUCACCAAUGUGCGCGCGCAGGACAAGGACAACCCGGAUGUCAUCUUUGGGUGGACGCUCGGCGGCUCACCAGGCAUGGUCAAGGCUCCCAACGACAAUUAUACUAUCACCGGUAAGCCGGCAGCAGACAUUGCGAAGGCUCUGACGAAAAACUGGCAUCCGCGCGUGAAGCCUCUCUUUGACAACAUGCAAGAAUCCGAAGCCGCCUUUUGGAAGAUCACAUGCUCGUCACCAGAUGGCGUACCUGAGUGGCCCAGCGAUCCGCGUGUCACCGUGGUCGGAGACGCGGUGCAUGCAAUGACCCCUGCUGGUGGUAACGGUGCGAAUACCGCCGUCCGAGAUGCUGCGCUCUUGGGCAGGCUGCUCGCUGAGUCUGGCGGUUACAAGGCUGGACUUACUGAAGCUUAUGAAAAAGAGAUGAGGGUGUAUGCAAGUGAGGCUGUCAAACAGAGCUACGCGCAAGCGACUGGUCAAUUUGGUGCGAAGAUUGACGAGAAUACAGAAUUGGUGUCGUAG